AGGAGAGCUUUGAGAGACUAGUAGCAGCCCUCUCUUGGGCAUUCUUGGAGGUCAAGAUAGAGGAUUCAAUAAUAAAAGAUCAAGUAGUUCGAUUUCCUCAAAUUGGAUUUUAUUCUUCCUUGUUCUUAAAUUGGCUAGUGUGGAUGAAGGUGGUGCAAUGGUGGGGAUUACAGGGGGUUUUGUCGAAAGACAUUUUUGGUGUGGCAGAGUUCGUGACGCAUGGUAUUAGUGGUGGUUGUUUGGCGGAUUUAGGGGCUUUCAUUUUUCUGAUUGUUGGUUGGUUUAUGUGGUUUCGGAGGAAUAGGCAGGUUUUUGGAACAGAGUUGAUGUCUGAGGAGUUAGUCUUGGAGUAUAUUCAACAUAAAUCAUUUUUAUGGCUUAAAAAUAAAGAGAAAGGGUGUGGUUUCUCUUAUCAAGAAUGGGUCUCAAGUCCGAUGGAGUGCAGGGCAGCCAUUGCUCAGCAUCGUAAAAAUAGGAAAAUGUAUUACAGGCGGCAGCGAGAUGUGGGAUGAUUUUACUGCUCUUAAUUGUUGCUGUUUCAUGUACAAAAUUGUUAGUUCUUAGACGCAGGAUCUGGGCUUUAAGUGGGAUUUUAUUUGAACUUUUUUCUUGAUGUUGUAGGUGCCAUUUGGGGUAUUUCUUAUACUCCUGAUUAAUAUAUAUCAUUCAUUUUG